GAUGAAGGAACUCGGUGAUGAGUGGCUGGCGGAAAUGAUUGCUGGUGGAAGAAGCCCUUUCGGAUUGCGUCUUCAUGCUUGUUUUGAUCCACCUGUUGUGGUUCCCACCAAGAACCCAGUGAUGUACAACAAAAGGGCAGCUGACCCAGUCCAUCCUGACCUUACUGGUUUGUUGGUGAAAAACAAGAAUCUUUUAGCUGAGCUAAGAAAUCUUCAAAACAAGCUCCUCAUAAAAGAAACAUCAUUGCAAGAGAUGAAGAACGUGCUAGAAAGUUAUAAAGAAAAUAAUGUGCAACAGUCUUUCCAGAUAAUGUCCCUGAAAGAUGAUAUCAAGGAUCUAGAGGAACUUAUUGCUUCUCUAACCAGAAUUAAAUCUUUGAAAAACACCAAUAUUCAGAAUCUUGAAAGAAGCAACUGGGAUCUAACUGAAAGAAUUAUAGAACUAGAAAACCAUCUAAGAGUACAUCUGUUUGAAAGAGAAAAGGCAGAACGAAAAGCAGGCCUUUUGGAGAAAAAGUUAGCAGGUACUGAUGGAUUCAUCCCUUACAUGAAUAUAAAAGGACACGAAGAUUCCUUGGUUAGCUUCAUGAUGAAGGAUAAAGGUGAAGAUAUCCUGACCAAGAACUCUGAAAGAGACAUUUUUCAUUCUGAAGGACCAAAAGAUGGGCAGAAAAUUUGGGAUAAGUGUCAAGAAGAUUCAAUCCAUAAGGAAAAACAAAAAUAUGAGUUGGACAGACCUCCACAUUCAUUCAGCUGGGAAACCAAAAGUGCACGAUCCCACUACCAGAAAUUCCUCAGUCAGUUGGCUACUCUUCUGAGCAACAAUGUUGUCCCCAUACCAGCUACCGAGGAGGCUGUGAAACAGAGGAUUCAGGAAAUUGGUGCAAAAGAACAAUCUUGGAAGUCUAGGACUGAAGUCCUACAGCAGGAAGUUCUGACGCUCACUCAGCGCCUGGAGCAGCUGCAGCGUCACACUGAAGAAGCCGCUGGAGAAUCAUCCCCAAUGCAAGACAGGUGUAGGGAACAAAAAGGACCUUGGAAACAUCUGGAAGGAAAAACUGCUGUUAAUUACUUUUUUCAAGAGAGUUUAGCCUUGGACAGGAAUAAAGAAAACUCUGGGACUAAGAAUUUGUGGACAGACGAGCAUGACAAGAUGUCCAGACAGCUAGAAAAAGAUAAUGAGCAACAAACAUUAUUGAAUAUUCAGCAGAAUUUACAGAUUGCUACAACUCAGAGACUAGAGGAGAAGAUUCAGAAACUUCAGAAACAGCUCAGUGAUUUGAAAUUGUCGAAUAAAAGUAUGAAAAUUCAACUUACAAGAGUAAAUGUCCUUAAAGACAAAACAAUCGAAAAGCUCAGGCAAUCUUUAACACAAGUUGAAGCAAUGAAAGGGAAAGCAGUUAUGAAAACAGACAAUUUGAAAACUACAUUACACUCUGCCAAGCAAAAGGCAAGAGGGGACAAAGAGAAGGUCCAUCAGCUGUUAGAUGCUGUCACUUCUGAGCCCUGCACAGCAAAGAGCACUCUUGAUAAAGUACCAGGACAACAACAAGAGCUUUCCGAUUUUCGAGAAACUAUUAUGAAGAUGUUGGGAUUUAACAUGAGAACAGCUGACAAGGAAAUCAUCAAUCACCUAAGGCUUAUUAUACAGGAUUAUGAAGCAUCUAACAAAUCAAAGAUUGCUUCUGAUUGUGAGACUGGACAGUUUAAUGAAUAAAAAAGUUCUUUCUUCAUUGCUGCCAGCAAGAGCACAGAAGAUAUAGAUAUCUCCUCCAGCCUCUUGAAUUGGCUACAUAAUGAAUAAAAUGCAUUGGGAAUUUUUCACUUGAAAAAUAUUCUUCUUUGAUAUUUGGCAGUUAACUUUUCUUUGUCAUUAUCUUGU